AUGCACCGCGGGCAGUGUGUUGCAGGAGUGUAUGGCAGUAUACGUAGAUAUUCUACGUCAAACGGUGCACAACGUGCAGCUGGCAGUGCAAUUGGCAGCAAUUCUGGUGCAGAGCUGCAGCCUGCACGGGUUCCGGCAGGGAGGCUUGCACGGCUGUAUGAGUAUGGGGGAUUGGCGCUUGGGCUGGGCAUAGGAGCAGUGGGAGAGGGCGUACGGCGGUUGGCAGGGAGGAAACAGGGUGGUAUGGUGGUAAAUGAGGCGAAUAUAGCACGGGUGGUAGGAAUUGUUCAGGGACUAGAUAAGUUCUGGAUAGGCAUUGGAUGGAUUUUGGAUAGGUGUUGUAUAAAUGAUGGAAUAACUGCAUUGGGAUAUAUGUACUGGAUAUUUAUAGGGACAGCUCCAUUGGGGGGGCUGUUUAAGUUGUUCACAGUGAUUUAUAACUGUUUUGGAGCAAUUGACAUCUGUCUGUGUUUUGUUGCAUGUUGUUUUAUACUAUUUGUUUGUGAUUCUGAUUGUAUAGGGUUGGCAGAAAGCGGAUUGAUCACUGGUACGCUACCAGAUGCACUGGAACGGGUGCAUGAGGCACUAGCAAGAAUGCAAGACUCAGCAAAUUGUAUGCCAAGAAAUGAGAUGGUUCAGGUUAUGGAUGAGGAGUUUUCUUAUGCAUGGAGAGACUUAUUUUCUGAGUUUAACGAAAAACCUGUUGCAGCUGGGUCAAUUGGCCAGGUUCACGAGGCAGUGCUGCGGUCUACAGGUCAAAAAGUGGCAGUUAAGAUCCAGUACCCUGGGAUUCAUAAAUCUAUUGAGUCUGAUCUAAAGAAUAUGAGCAUUUUAUUGAGUGCAUCAGGUCUUCUUCCAAAGGGCCUGUAUCUUGACCGGACAUUGGAUGUAGCACGCAGAGAACUGGCUUGGGAAUGUGAUUAUGAACGAGAAGCACAGAAUAUACAACGUUUUAAGGAGCUAUUGGGUGAGGGAAGGUUUGUUGUGCCUAAGGUUGUGAAAGAAGCAAGCACCAAGCGAGUGCUGACAAUGGAACAUCUGGAGGGCAAAAGUAUGAGAAAAAUGGAUAAUAUUGAACAGAAAGAAAGGAACUGGAUUGCAGAGUCUUUGUUCCAACUGUGUCUCCGUGAAAUUGUAGAGUUCAGAUACAUGCAAACAGAUCCAAACUGGAGUAACUUUCUGUAUGAUGAGACACAAAAAAAGAUUGGGCUUGUGGACUUUGGUGCAUCACGGUUAUUUAAUAAAGAAUUUAUUAGAGACUAUAUAUCAAUACUAAAAGCAGCGGCAAAAGGUGAUAGAGAAGAGUGCUAUGAGGUUUCUAUUAGAUUGGGGUAUCUUACAGGAGACGAAUCAAAGGCGAUGCGAGAAGCACAUAUAGAAUCUGUUUUGGCUUUAGCAGAACCAUUUCGUAUUAGUUCAGAGGAUAGAUAUGACUUUUCAAAGCAAACAAUAACAGAAAAGAUAAAAAAAACGAUUCCAUUGAUGAUACAGCAAAGAUUGACACCACCGCCAGAAGAAACAUAUUCUUUACAUAGAAAACUAAGUGGACAGUUUCUUCUUUGUAGCAGAUUAAAGGCGCAGGUAGAAUGCAAGAGGAUAUUUUGGGAAAUUCUGGAAAAAAAUGGAUAUAUUUGA